GUUUUCACUUCAAUUUUUUUCAACGAACUCCAUGACACUAGCCGAUGUCUGGGCGAUGUUAACACUGCGGACUCCACAAAGCCUCCAACUAACUCAACCUUGUCUUCUCCGCCCACUCUCUCUGAUGCUCACUCUCUUUCUCUCUCUACUUUUAACUAUAUACAGCUGAACAAACUCAUCAAACCCCAUUUCUCAGACCCUAAUUUAUCUCCCUCCUACCUCUCACUCUCUCUCUCAAAUGGCUUCUCUCCUUCAAUCUAGGGUUCCUACAGUCUCAUUCUCCUCAUCUCUCUCAUCCGGCAUUCAAUGGCGCCCCUCCGCCGCAUUUCCCUCCAAGCCCCGCCGGAAGAAUUCUACUGUCCAAGCCAAGAUCAGAGAGAUCUUCAUGCCGGCCCUCAGCUCUACCAUGACCGAGGGAAAGAUCGUCUCUUGGAUCAAAUCGGAGGGCGAGGUCCUCUCCAAAGGCGAAUCCGUCGUCGUUGUCGAGUCCGACAAGGCCGACAUGGACGUCGAGACCUUCUAUGAUGGAAUUCUUGCCGCUAUCGUUGUCGGAGAAGGCGAGACUGCUCCGGUGGGUGCUCCAAUUGGCUUACUAGCCGAAACCGAAGACGAAAUAGCCGAAGCCAAAGCCAAAGCCUCAAAUUCUUCAUCACCAACAUCAGCUCCUUCCACUGCGUCCCCUCCUCCGCCUGCUGCUGCUCCACCUCCGCCAGCAAAGGCGGCGGCUCCGGCGGCGACAGAUGGACCGAGGAAGAUUGUUCUGACGCCGUUUGCGAAGAAGCUCGCAAAGCAACACAAGAUUGACAUCAAUUCAGUAGUUGGGACUGGGCCGUUCGGGAGGAUCACUCCGUCAGAUAUCGAAGCUGCUGCUGGGAUUGCGCCGUCGAAGAGUGCCACUGCCAAUGUGGCUUCACCGGUAGCUGCUCCGACUCCUUCUUCUCCGGCCACCAGCGCCCCUCCCAAAGCCACAUCUCCUAGUUUUCCUGAACUUCCAGGGUCUACUGUCGUUCCUUUUACAACAAUGCAAUCGGCUGUGUCCAAAAACAUGAUGGAGAGUCUUUCCGUGCCGACUUUCCGAGUGGGCUAUCCUGUGGCGACCAAUGCUCUUGAUGCUCUCUAUGACAAGGUUAAGCCAAAGGGUGUCACUAUGACUGCUUUGUUAGCAAAAGCUGCAGCAAUGGCACUUGCCCAGCACCCUGUUGUGAAUGCUAGCUGUAAAGAUGGGAAGAGUUUUACAUAUAAUAGUAGCAUAAACAUUGCUGUUGCUGUGGCAAUCAAUGGUGGGUUGAUAACCCCCGUUCUUCAGGAAGCUGAUAAGUUGGAUCUUUAUCUGUUAUCUCAAAAGUGGAAGGAGCUGGUAGAGAAAGCCCGGGCAAAGCAGCUACAGCCCCAUGAGUACAAUUCAGGGACUUUCACACUGUCCAAUUUGGGCAUGUUUGGAGUGGACAGAUUCGAUGCUAUCCUUCCUCCAGGCCAGGGUGCUAUUAUGGCUGUUGGAGCAUCAAAACCUACUGCUGUUGCUGAUGCAGAUGGAUUCUUCAGCGUAAAAAGUAAAAUGCUGGUGAAUGUUACAGCUGAUCAUCGAAUCAUCUAUGGUGCUGACUUGGCUGCCUUCCUUCAGACCUUCUCAAAGAUCAUUGAAAACCCGGAGAGCCUGACAAUGUAGAUGAUAAUCGAGGUUUUGUUGAUAGAGAGGCUAAAUAGUCCUUGUCGAACAAAGUGCAUGCCAAGGAACCUGGUUUGCAGCAGUUGCAUUAAUUGUUUUUUUGGAAUUGUUAUGUAUCAUUUUACUUCACUUCUUUUUUGUUUUGCCGAGGAUCUCAGGUGAUGCCAUUGAACCAUUUCUGAUAGAGGGUAAUAAAUACUUACUGAACGUUUUCUAUACAAAAUUGAUGAGGAUUGUUUUGUUAGAAAGUGGACAACUUAUGUCACUUAAUUUUGUCUCUCUUUUCCUUUUUCAUUUGUCUUUGUUGACUGAUUUUAUUGGAUUCAAGCAUAAUCGAUGAACUUGUUCAAGUCUUAAA